UCGUCAUGGUCCUGCGGGCAGUGCUGGAGGUUGGCAACUGUGACUAUGCCCACCGCCUCAGAGACUACCACAUGGUGUUUGUCGCCACCACCACAAUUAACAGCGUGGCAGACCCCAUAAUCUACUGCCUGCUGAGCCAGAGCGCCAAGACAGAACUGAAAGCCAUGCUGAGGAGUGGAAGGGUGACACUAAGGAAGCUCCAGACUUCUACAAGAGACUCGUCCAAUGCCUCUGAUGCAUAACUGCUCUGACAAAGUAGUUUAAACUGAAAUGGAACACUGUCAUUUUUUAUCGGAUUGUUUAUCUUUGCAUUUGUAUUUGUCUUAUAAUAAUGAAUUGGGAGACACUAAAUUGAUGAACUAGUAAAUAAGCAACAGACAUUGCAUUUUCCUGCUCAGAUUUUAUUAAUGGACUUGCUUAAUGGGGUUACCACUGCAGGCUGUUUUCAGUGUAUUGUGAAAUGCAGUACACAUUUCUACUGAGCAUUAACACCUUGAUAAGAUGUCACCCCAGUAUAGACUGAAUAGAUAUGCCCUUCCUGUUCCUGUUUCUAAACUUGAGCGUGGUCUCUUGCUUUCAAGAGGAGCCCUGCUUCCUGUCUCUUGAAAUACGCCAUGAAGCAAAGAGAGUGAACUUUGCUACAAGAAGUGCCAUAGAACAAGAUAAUUAACAAAUAUCUCAGUGUAUGAUCGUAUCAUAUGGUUGCUGACUGGAUGGAGUAUCUGGAAUAUUUGGAUCUUAAAAUGCUCAGCCCUGAUAUAUUUAUGGCCCGAUGAAAGUCCAGCUGAUAGUAGAAAACAUGAAUUCCAGUAAUGACAGCUCUUUCGACACUGAGGUGUGCGAUCCCCCUGAUGUGAUGAAGAAACUCUUCGUCUGUCUGCACAUAGUCGUUAUCAUUAUUGGUUUCCCCUCCAACUGUUUCUCAGUGUUCGUCUCCUACCAGCACAUAAGACAGGGCAAUGAGCUGGGAGUCUACCUGAUGAACCUGGCCCUGGCAGACCUCUUCUUCAUCAUGACACUGCCCAUCUGGAUGGACUACUCAUUGAAGGAGCACUGGCAGCACGGGGGCACUGCUUGCACUGUGUGUGUCAUCCUGAUGUUCACCCACUUCUAUGCCAGCGUGUCUCUGUUGUGUGGCAUCGCUGUCGAUCGGUACCUGGCCGUGGUUCAUCCCCUGAGGUACCCUUUCGUCCGAAAACGGGGACCAGCUACGGGCAUCUGCAUACUUUCAUGGACCUGCAGUGCAAUCUUCAAUGCCACCACUGUGUCCACACCAAUGGUGUUCGCAGAAGAACAUAACCAGUGCCUCGACACCUUCCCUAUACCUGAAAUGCAGAGGCACGUCAACAUUGCUCGCUUUUUCGUGUGGUUCCUCUUGCCGUCCGCGCUGGUGGGGUUCUGCUACUGGAAGAUCAGCCAAGAGGUGCGCUCCAACCGCGCCACCGAGGAACAGGAACGUCAGCGGGUGUGCCGGCUCCUCAGACUGGUCCAGCUGACCCUGCUCCUCUGCUUUGGCCCCAUCCACAUCAUGCUCCUGCUGAGGGCUCUGUUGGAGGACUGCCAAACACAACCCUGGCUGUACUACCCCUAUAAAGUGUCCGCGGCCCUGGCCACCCUCAACUGUCUGGCCGAUCCUCUACUCUACUGCUUCAUCACCCGGUCAGGUAGAGCCAGUGUCAGCAAGGCUUUCCUGUUCCUUCAGAGGAAGAGCAAUGGCACUCACUCAGAGAGAGAACUGGCAGCAGUUUCACAACCUUAGAUUAGCAAUAGACUUUCACCAUGACCCGCAUGGGUGCAGGCAGUUAACAGGCGCCAUGCUGUGCAGUGGGUAUAGGUUCUUAACUAACUUGACUAACUUGAGCCUCUUUGUUGGAAUGCAUGAUUGUAUCUUCUGCCUUUGGAUACCUUUGUUUAGCCAUUAUUCUUUGAAUAUUUUGGCAUCAUCAUUGCAAAUAUUCAUGCAGUUGUGAAAGAAUAACUGAAUAAUGAGCUGUUGAAAAUACUGCAAUAGUCUCCAUUUGGAGAGAGAAACUGCUUUAAAAGAGGCUUUCUUUGUGAGUUGCAGCAAAGAAAUGUAGGAAAGAACAAGAGGUUUCACUUCAGUGCACGAAGUUAUUUUUUAUUUUAUUAUUUUUUUUUAAAAAUAUUUUUUUGGCCUUUUUGCCUUUAUUAUAUGGGACAGUGAAGAGGUAGACAGGAAGUAAGUGGGAGAGAGAGAUGGGGUGGGAUUGGGAUAUGACCGCAGGCCGGAUUCGAAUGGGCACUCGGACCCGUAAAUGGUAUGGGCGCUGUAGCCUGCUGCGCCACAGCGCCCCCCAUCACAAAGUUAUUUUUAAGUAAAAACCAGGAACGAUAUUUUUGGUUUGGUUUUCAUGUAGCAAGUUUUUUUUAAUCACCUUUCUGGGGAAAGAGGGUUUACACUGGAAUUACCCCUUCAGAUCAUGAAAUAGAAAAUUUUAUCUUUGUCAUACCUCAUCCUGUCAUAGACAAGAAUAGGGUGCUGGGGUCAAAUGUGGUUCAAACUGAAUGCUACACAAAACAGAAACUGAGAGAGUGUGGAGUGUGUGGAGACAAGAGUGUGGAGUUGUGUUAUGUUAUGUGCUGGUGUGAGCCCACUAGAUGGCGCUAAUCUUGCAUCACAUACUCAACUUCAGCAGUGCGGAGGCACUUGUGGGCACUAAGACAUCAUCAUGAUGUUGUGCCAAAACAACCUCUUCCACCUCAACCAUCACAGGAGCCCAGAAGACUGGAAAACAGCAAUGUGUAUCAGUACUGUAUUUCAGUGAACCUUUUACUGCAGGUUACAUACAUGCAACAUCUCAUUCCCACAACUCGGAGUAGCUAUAUGCUGAAGUUUUGCAUCGUGAGACAGAGGGCAUAUUUUGAUGAAUACACAAACAUUAUGACUGGCCUUUCAAAAGUAGUGUCUUUAGUACUGUGUUUCUUUCCAACUUAUUUGUAAAAUCAUUACGAUUUUGAAAUGUUCAAUUGCCAUUUUAGACUGUUUCCACUCAGUUUCACUUGUGCUUAAUCCAUAAAACUCUUU